GCUAUUCCGAUAGUUGUGUGAUUGUGUGUUGGUAGUAAUGGUAAUGAUGGUAAUGGCGAUUCCAACAGUGUAGGAAUUGUGUUGGUAGUAGUGAUAGUGGUGGUAAUGGCGAUUGCGACAGUUGUGUUUAUAUUGAUUAUGUUGGUAGUAGUGGUAAUGGUGGUGGUAGGUUGCCAUCGUGGAAGAGAUCAGCAGGCGAUUCAUGUAUAUCAGUGUAGUGAUCGUCAGUGUGUCGUCCAAAAAUAGAUAAAUGGACGACGAGCGUGCCGUUGUUCUCUUAGUAAUGGAGGUUCUUAAAACUACACAAGAAAUCGUUCAUGAAGGAUGGCUCAUCAAAUCGCCACCUACUAAACUAUGGAGAGCUCGAUGGAGAAAACGUUGGUUCGCAUUAAGACACAGCGGUGAAUUACCUGGACAAUACUUUUUAGAAUAUUAUACGGACAGACGUUGUAGAAAAUUAAAAGGUCGUAUAGAUCUUGAUCAAUGCGAACAGGUUGAUGCUGGUCUUAGGUUUGAAAAUUGUAAACAAAAAUAUCAAUUUACGUUCAAUGUUAAAACACCAAAGAGAACUUAUUAUUUGGUAGCUGAAAGUGAAGCCGAUAUGAACAAAUGGGUCGCUGCUGUUUGUCAAGUUUGCGGUUUAAAGGCUUACACUCAAGAUGAGGAACAACAAUGUCAAAUGUUUCAAUAUGAAUCCCAAGAAUCACCACCGAUCUCACCAACAAGUACAAUAUCUGGGCCUUAUAUUCCUAUUAGCGAAUGUAUAUCUGGUCGUCGUCUUAACGAUACCAGUUCUCUUAGUUCAGGAAUGGGACAAGGACCAGAACAUUAUGAUGCUCCAAGAAGAUUAGCACCUUCACCACCAAGAUCACCUACGACUACUGACGCAGAAAGUGUCUUUACGGAUGAUGAAUGGACAGCUCCUGUACCAAGUGUCAAUUGGGAUACAUUUCCAGCCGACUCCAGAGGUCAGAAUUCUGUUGACGCUGAGAUAGGCUCAUGGAGCGUUAGAAAGAGAUUUGGAAAGUUAAGAAUAGUGGAUUCAACUGUACCACCUGCCGUAGAAAAAUUAUCAGCACCACCAAGACCACCUAAACCGCCGCACAUGUUACCUGAAAAUCCUGGACAUAAUUAUUUAAAUUUGGAUGGUGCUACUGAAAGUUCAAAGCCAACAACACCUGCUACACCAGCGCCAAAUACUAUUGCAAUUGGUUCGGUAACGGAUGAAUCAUAUGAUUUUCCUAGAUCCCAUCAAUCUGGACAGACAACGGAGAAACAUGUUUAUUCUAAUGCCGCACCAAGUACAAUAGAAGAGACACGUGUUUUCCGAUAUGAUUUUCAUGAGGAUGAGCCACCAAGUCCAAGAUCGGAAAGUUCAGUGACAGCAACUUAUUCGAAUUUACCAAGUCCAUUGAUAAGAGAUAAUAGUACAGUUGUUUCAAUAUCAUCAUCAUCAACGAUUGCUGUUCCACCACCGCCUGUUGUUUACAGAGAAUUAAAACCAGGUAGAAAAACAAGCGAUUCUACGUCAAUUAUUAGCAACGAGGCAUCACCUGGUACUAAUUUAUCAACGUUAGAAAUGAGCUCUAGCGAACAUUCACCUGCUGAACCGCCAAGUAUUAAUAGAAAACUUAAACCACCAUUGAACAAAUCACCUAUAGAAGGACCAUUACAACUUGCUUCACCACCUGGAAGAGGUAGAAUGCGAGCAGCACCUAGUCCUACUCCUCCAAUGCAUACGCAUUCCGUGAGACAUCAGUCGACGUCGGAUGAGGAUAAUAAUGCUUUCGAUGAUAAAGAGGAGAUAUAUUAUUAUCAGGAUCACAAUAAUACGUUUAUACCUGCGUCAAAUCGACGUUUAGUCGUUUUGCAAUAUCUAGAUCUUGAUUUAGAGGCAACGGAAAGUUUUGCCUCGUCGACGUUACCACCUGCCCAAUCACCACCAAAUACUACGGUCUACAAAACUGUUGAUUUUUUAAAAACCGAGGCUUUCAAUCGUACACGACAACGCGUGGAAGAGGAAAGGAAACAAUGUACCGAUGAGUUAACAUAGCUUAUAUUUUUAUAUCCUCCCCCUUCUUCUUCUUUUUUUUUUUUUUUUUUUUUUUUUUUUUUUCAU